UGCCUCCAGACCCGUCGCAUCCCAUCAACAAGAGACAUUUCCGCAUCUGGAACAUUUGCACCGCACCUAGAAAGAUCCCUUGAAGGGAUCAGAGGCACGCCGAAGCAUUCCGCAGGCUUCAUAGAGCUGCCAACAUGGCUACGAAUGGCGCGCGAAAGGCAUCUUCAGCCACAGAGUCCAGAGGGAGCUCUAGCCUACUGGAAACAAGCGCAGUAAAAGAUGUCGUCAAAUCGGAGAAACCAAGAAUCAAGUUGAAGAUCAAGAAGCCGGUCCCGAAGCCAUCGAUCCCUGGGAAUUGGAAAGAAAGCGAUGCGACAAAUGUCGAGAACAAAGCGACCGCACCAUCGACUACUUCGCCAGUAAUCAACCCUCUUGACGAGAAAACUAUAGCUGGUUUUCCCAGCGGCCUGCCCCUAGACGACAAGGUAGACACAGUACAGUGCAAGCACUGUCGUCGACCUGUCCUCCGUGCAUCUUCGGCUGCACACAUUCGCGACUGCUUGAACAAGAAGCAAGAGAAGCUCAAGAAGAAGAAAGAGGCCAAGGAGGCUAAAGACGCAGCUCUUAGGAAAGAGAAAGGCGAAGACGACGAGGGUGGCAAAUCACGCAAGUCAGCCAUCAAGGGUGCUUCGAUAGACGGCGAUGGCGCAAAGAAGGGCAAGAAGCGGAAGCUUGAUGGAGAUGCAGAGAAAGCACCUAACGCUAAGAAAAAGAAGAAGGAUGAACCCAAGCAGAAGGGAGCAAAGCCUAAGGGCCCAGUCGAUGUCGAGAGGCAGUGUGGUGUUUCUCUACCAAACGGUGGAUACUGUGCAAGAAGUCUGACCUGUAAGAGCCACAGCAUGGGUCUCAAGCGGGCUGUCCCAGGACGAAGUCUGCCGUACGACAUGUUGCUGGCGCAGUAUCAGAAGAAGAACCAGGCUAAGAUCCAACGAUCUCUUAUCGACGCAAACGCGCCCCUUCCGGAAGAUCUCGAGCCAUCAGGCGCUGUCGAUUCGGACGAAGAAAAAGAUUCUAUAAUGGCUGCCCUCGCCCGACACCGACCGCGACCAAUGGCAACGUACACGCAUACCUCGCAACGCUCGAAGUACCAAUACAUCCGCAUGAAAGGCAUGAUCCGCUCAGCACUUGGCGCACCUCCAGGCGGAGGUGGAUCCAUGUUUUCAGGCGGUGACAACAUGAGUACCGGUCGUGGCAUGGCUCUCGGCAUGAUGGGCGCACCACUUAGCGCAACCAACGAGCACUUCCCACAAAGCGCUGGAUUCGGUGCACCACUGAGCGCUGGUCUGGACAGCGGAGCAGGAAGCAGGAGACCAAGCGCUAUUGGUGCUGGUGGGCCUCGGCAAAUACUGCCCGGUCAACUACCAGGUCCUGGACAACAACGGAAGGGCAGCAUGGCGAGUGUUGGCGCUACCUAGGAGGAUAUACUACUAAAGGCGAUCUUGUACAGGGGCAAGGACCACGAAUCAGACGGCCAGCAGAGUUAACUAACCGUUUUUCUUUUUCUCCCAACUAUGGCUGGAGGUUUGACGGAGUACAGAUGUAGUCACGCUCACGGAUGGGAUAUGAUGAUUACAUGAUGAUCCUUGUAUGGGUCAGGAAAGGUUUCUUGGGUUUUGGUUCCUGUAUUACUAUCUGGGGUUGGGAGUUUGACAUGAUACCCUCUUUGUUUUUACGUUCACUAGGAGACCGUCUAGAGUAGACAAUGGUAAUGUGAUUUUAU